UCCUCUUAUUACAAUUUCUAAUUUCGAAGAGGCCAUUCGAGAACCUUCUCAAAACCCUACCCUUCCCAAUAAAAGCCUCUCCUUAAACCCCAUCCGCCCCAAUCUCCGUCGUCCGAGAGCCAUUCUCUCCUCCAGGGAAGCAACAUCUUUCCAAGCUUCUCGUCGAUCAUUGCCGAUGGCCAAGCGUCUGAUUCCUUCCCUCAAUCGCGUUCUCAUUGAGAAGAUCGUCCCCCCUUCCAAGACCAAUUCCGGAAUCUUGCUCCCUGAGAAGACCACCAAGUUGAACUCUGGAAAAGUUGUAGCAGUAGGCCCUGGUGCGCGUGACAGGAAUGGGAACUUUAUCCCUGUUUCUGUGAAGGAAGGAGAUGUAGUUCUUUUACCUGAGUAUGGAGGAACUGAAGUAAAACUCGCUGACAAGGAGUAUCAUCUGUUCAGGGAUGACGACAUACUCGGAAUCCUCCACGAGUGAUCCGUGCAGCAGCUAACAAGAUUCACAUUAUUAGCUUUAUGUUUUCUGGUUGUCAAAUCGAGUGAGAUGUAUCAUGCUUGGACUUGAAAUAGUCCUCUUAAAAACAAAAUUUCGAAAACAUGAUCAGGAGACUUUCAUGUCAAUUUUGAUGCACAAAACUAAAUGCUUGCAUUGAGAGCAUUGUUUGUUUAAUUGGCCAUUGAAAGUGGUCCAAGUGUUUGUUUCUUCGAACUUACAUUAGAACCGGAUACUUAUUGAAGCAGUACCGAUUCAUAUUGGUGGC